AUGGAUGAAGGGUUACUACAGGAGCAUAGACAACUCAAAGAACCACUCAAGACCGUGCUCUGCAGUUGCCUGGACGCCUCUGGGAAACUGAUGUGCAGUGGCCCCAGAGUGACCAGGAACUACAGCUGGCUCCUGAAAAGGGACCCUCUGAGACAUGCUGUGAUAACUGCUGUUAAGCAAUGUAUUAGUCCUCCUAAAUCCACCACACCAAAAUCAGAUAAUAACUCUGAUGAGGAGGGCCCUGAGGACCAGCCAAUGGCAGACCUCAGUUCACUUGAAAAGGCUAUAGAAGAAAUUAGAAAGAAAAUUACCCCAGACUCCCCUAUGCCCACCCCCUUUAUCUGCCCCUACCACCUUAUCCACUUCCAUGGAAUAGCUCUGUGGAUAGAGAAUAUGAAUUACCAGGAAAUUGAAAACCAUACCAAGGUGACUGAAUUCAUUCUUGUGGGAUUGUCUAAGCACCCAAUAUCCCAGAAGGUUCUCUUCUGGGCACUGAUGUUUCUCUACAUAGUCACUGUAGCUGGAAACAGCCUUAUCAUUUUCCUGGUAGGAGGCAACUCUCAACUGCACACCCCAAUGUAUUUCUUUCUUGGUAAUUUGUCUUUAUUGGAUCUUCUGUUUUCUACCAGCUCUGUACCCCUGAUCAUGGCAAAUGCACUACAGAACUUCUCCACUAUCUCCUACAACUCCUGUUUUGCCCAGCUUGCCAUCCGAGCCUUCUUGGCACUAGCUGAAUGUUUUCUUCUCGCUAUUAUGGCUUAUGACCGAUUUGUGGCUAUUUCAAAUCCACUCAGGUAUAACUUGGUCAUGUCUUCUCGAGUAUGCAUUUUCAUGGCUUUGGUUGCCUGGAUGACAGCCCUCCUUCUCACUCUUCUGCCCAUUCUGUUUUUGCCAAUCAGUUUCUGUGGACAUAAUGCAGUUAAUCACUUCUCCUGUGAGGUUCAAGCCAUCUUCAAAUUGCUUUGUUCCAAUACCAUUUCCCUAGAAAUUAUGAUGAUGGCAUGUGCUGUUGUUUCAAUGCCAGUGCCUUUAAUUUUUAUUCUUAUCUCUUACCUUUGUAUUCUCAGGACUGUCUUAAGAAUCCACCCCUCUGAGGCCAGGCUUAAAGCCUUUUCUACAUGUGGCUCUCACUUGAUUGUGGCAACUAUCUACUUUGGAACAUUAAUAUAUAUUUAUGUGAGACCACAAAACAAAAAGUCCCAUGAUGAGGACAAAAUUGUCUCUAUAUUUUAUGCAGCAGUGACCCCAAUGCUAAAUCCACUCAUCUACACCCUGAGAAAUAAGGAUGUGAAAGCUGCUCUCAAAAGAGUAGCAUGCAGGGCUAAGUCCUAG